CGAGCUUGACAUCGGGGACUGUUUCUCAGCAUGGACCCAGUAUAUUCCCAACCAGCUCCCGAACUGAAAAGGGAUUUGUACGUGAAAGAAAAUGGCAUUGUUCAAUAGUGUCGUCUGCGCUUUUUAAUCAGAGAAAGGAGACAUUUACGCCAAAGAGUUCCCGAAAGUUAUCCAAGCACAGUUGGCGUAAAACACAAAAGACGGGGAGCGAUCUCAGUCUGAAGUCAACACUGCAACAAGAAUCCAUUGCCAUGAAACUGAAUCCCCAACAAGCUCCACUCUAUGGCGAGUGUGUGUUGACUGUUCAGCUCGACGAUGAAGACGUGUGUUGCGCCGAGGGAGAAGAGGACGAAGAGGAGGAGGCAGAGUUUUAUCUUUUAUUCACAGGAUCCACCCAAAGACAUCUGACCAGCACACUGCGAGUCAGCCACGUCACACUGCAUGCUGUGUGUCCAGCCCAUGAUGUGUGUGAGCAGGUCUCGGUGACACUAUGUUGGGCCCGGCCCGGUGGACCAGUCGGCACACACUCACAGGAGACCUUCUGCUUCGUUCAGGACUUGGCUCUCGACAUGGCCCACUUCCUGCUCGACAACAUUGCCCCACAGGAAGCAUUGCUAUUGGACGAUGAGCAGAUUCCGUUGAAAGAGUGUGAGCGGUUGGAUCAGAGCCUGGCCCUGGCCCUGAAACACCUCACCCUGCCCCACCAGAGGACCGGACCGGGUGUUGACGGACAGUUGGCUGUCACAGACGCACACAGUGGCACAGAGACGCACAUGGACACAAGCGCGGAGGGCUCCACACUGCCGGACCGCCGCACCGCCGCGUCUCAGUGCCAGCAGCUCUCCAGCCUGCUGCACUUGGCAGCCAGCCACGGUCUGAGGACGGUGGCGGCGUUCCUCCUGCAGCAACCGGGAGCCAGGGAGGCGCUGAGGAGGCCCAACGCUCAGGGCUUGACUGCAGCACGACAGGCAGAGAGCAGAGGACAUCGGCAGCUGGCAGAGCUCUUCACGCAGUACGAGACUUUCCCAAGUGUCCAUGCGGAACCAAAGGAGCAGCCGCACUUUUACCCGGGGGGCCGAGUGUUCCAGCACCACGCAAACCUUGGUACCUACAACCUAACAUUCCCGGCCCUCCGUCAGAGGAGGGGUGGGGGGGCAGAGAUACAGGGGGAGGUGGAGGAGCUGAGGAGGCGUAUCCACCUGCACAGGGAGGAAAAGGGAAAGUCUGACUUUGCUGGCACCGUCGCACAAACGUGUGACCCGGUCAGCCCUGCCUGUGGGCCGCAGCCCUGCUCCAAUGGUCUGUCUGCGGUAACCAUAGAGACUUGUAGCACGACAACAGAGGAACGGGGACGUCCUCCGUCGCUGGAGGAAACAUCACAGGGGGAGGACUCUGCUGUUGUCACUCACACAUCCUGUACCAGUGGAACUCAUUGUCAGAGGCAGGAAGCUGGGGGAGAACAGAAGGGCACACCAGCUGCCAACUCUCCUGCUGGCCGCAGCAGGAAAAACAGAAAGAGGACUACAAAAACCGCAAGACAUGCAACAGAAUCUCCAGGAAAUAACAGAAGCACCCCAGAGGCCAGUAGAGGGAGCGCACGGAGACCUGCGAAGGCUACAGGAAGUAGUACAGAGACGGAUGGGACUAUUUCACCCGGGGGACCUGCGGUGGCAUCUGUGAUUGGCGAAGACGAGGGAGCCACAAAAACUCACAAAAGAGCAGGGGAGACUCCAUUACCCAUAAAGCCAGUGUCUGCACCAGGUGGUGAAAGGAAGUGCGCUGGCAGGAAGGCUGCGGCCUUGCCCGCCACCACCAUCGUAGAAAAACAGGAAGAAGAGAAGUGGGAAGUUGACCUACUGAUAUGUGAGCGAGUUUCAGAGACAGAAGCAGUGACACAGAUAGAGCAGGGAGACACUGAGAGUCUCCCAGCAGAAGAAGUUCCAGUGAAUGUUGCUCUGGAAUCUGCUGCAGAGAGGACAGCGACCAUGGGUCAAGAACAAUCCCAGGAUCACCAGGAAAGCCAGUCAGACCCGGAGGAGCCAGGCCAAUCUGACACCAUGGACAGUGGUACUCAAUCUGGCAGAAGGACCAGCCCCAAGUCACCGGACACGGGAAGGAAACCCCGGAGAGUGCUAUGGCGGGAUGGAGGCUGGAUUGGAAACAGAAUGGGAUCACCCCCACAUGGAGCAGAAACUGUAGCAAAAGCAGUCUGGUAUCAGGAUGAAAAGCUGGACCAGGGUGCCGAUGAAGACUUGAACAGGUUGGACGCAAAGUCACAGUCAGUUUGGUUUGACACGGCAGAUCAGAUAAAAUGCCAACAGCUGGAGCAGGUAAUGAAAGAGCAGAAAGAAUGUUAUUUGAACUCAGCACAGGCUUCUGGUCUUAGUUCUCCACAGCUGUUAGAACAGCCUCUUAGUUCUCAUCAACUGUCUUCAGCUCUUAGUCAGCCACAUGUUGCUGGAACGCAGCCAGCGCUGUCACAUGGGCCGGGUGCACAAAGACGGGAAGUACACGGAUCACAGCAAGAGGAGGAAGUAGGGCCAGAUUGGAAGGAGGGAGGAGUGGAGGGAGACGGAGCGGAGGUCAGUAACAGAGAGACGACUCACAGCAGAAAGAGUUCUGAAACGGCAGACAUCGAAGACGGAGCGGAGGGAGAGAGGCAAGGGAGCGUAGACAAAGGAGCAAAGGGCAAAAAAAAGAGGAGGAAAAAGAGGGGGAGGAGAGGAGGUGCAGAGGCCAAGCUUAGCUCCAGCUCCAGCAUCGAAUCUCAGAGUCAGAUAGAGAUAAAGACGCAGAGAGAACAAGUAUCAGACCUGAGCACUCAGUCAGAAGCCAAGGAUACGACAGGAGGGGCGGACAUAGGGUCUCCAACCAAUGACGCCAUGCAUCUACCCAGCCAGCCAGAGGGCCAGACCAGGGACGCUCAUGGACCCGACAUCACAAGCUCGGAUCGUAGUGAAUCAACUCCAGAGUUCAGUCUGACAGAGUGUGGGGGAACAGAUCUCACUGGAGUUACGGCCUCACACACUCUAGAAACAAAGGAAUUAUCAGAGGAUGACAGUAAGAACCAGGAUUCUAUUGUCACUGAUUCAGACCUUCAAAUGGACAUCAGAGAGGCAGAUAUGGAGGGAAUUACAACUGUGCAUCUAGUAGAAAAGGAAAUGCCUGAUCCGACAGAGCUGGAAUUAAAGGGGCUUGCCGGUCCUGUCCUACAAAUAGUGGAUAAUGUGGAGUCAAAGGAAUUGUCAGUAAAUAAGGAUUCAGUGGUUGCUGGUAAUCCUGUACCAUCCGUGGACCGGGCUGACUUGGUGGAAUCUAAAUGCCCACAGGAACUUCCUGUCCAACUUUCAGAUCCUACAGAAUUCACAGAGGACUCGUAUCUUGCGGAAUUUCCUGUACAAAACACACAACACGAACAAUCCGCAGAGUCAAACAAACUAGGGCAACCUGUGGAACCCACGGGAAGAUCCCAAGGACUUAUGGAAUCGGCGCGUCCUGCAGAAGCCAGGGGUCUGUCAUUUGAAGGCAUAGCGGAUGCUUUACCACUUCAAAUGUGGGAAGGAAGCGCUGACACAACUGCAGGGGGAUAUUUAGAGCAUUGUUUGGCCCCUUGGUUGCCGAGAGAUCAGCAGCACAGUGAGGAAGAGAGGAGUGAGUCUUGUGUGGAUGAAGAGGAAGCGGCCGAGGAAAGGAGUAGGACUGUGGAAAAUGAUAGUGGGAUGGUGUGUGGCGAGGAGUUGUCUUCUAUAGACCCAGAGCAGGACCACAAUAAAGGCGUGGUUGCAACAGCGGUAGCAGUCGUUACGGUAGCAAUAGCAUCAGCCAUGGCUAGCAUAGAGCUGAGCCAACAGUUAGUAGACAAUCAGUCAGAGAGCCAAGAGCCAUUAAACCAGACCCCAGACGAUUUACUCAACACUUUUCAGUCCGCACAACUGAUGGACAAAGAAAACUGUCAACUGCUACCAGCUGAGACAGAAAACCACCCAAUAGAGCAGUCACGCAUCGAACCUACUGAUCUGUUUGCCUCUAAAGAACAAGCUACUGUUAAAAUAUCAGAGGAGUCUGAUUCUGCAGUGUGGCAGUGUAACGCUGAGACAGAAAAGCUAUCAGCAGCACAGCAAACUAGCAACCAGCAGGCUAACCUUGACCCGUCACCUAUUGCAGAAACUCCUAGUUUACCACAACUCUACGAAGAGGAAAUCCAAACAGAAACUACACGAAACGAAGUCUUUACAUGUCCACUACCUAAAGAAGAAGACAGCCUGCCCCACGUUAAUGCAAAACCUUUGCCAGAAGCAGAUGAAACAAUUUCAACCGCUGUAGACAGCCAGGGUCACGUUCGGGUAGAAAUCCAGCAGCAACUCCCCAGUCCUGUUGCAGACCCAGGGCAACAUCCAGAGACUUCUGGCACAUUCUGCACCGGUUCUGAGGAGAAACCUGGACAAGGGGUGCAUAGAGGCCCCCAAGAUCAGUCUAUCUGUAAGGAAGAAAGUGGGAUGCAACACAGACUCUAUGGAGAUGAUAGUCCCCCUUUGGAAUCCAUAACUACUGAUGGUGAGGUAGGAAGGCAGGAUAGUCCACACAGCUUUAAAGCGUUCGAAGACAUGUCAGACUCUGACCGAGAGUGUGAGAGAGAUCCACAGCCGGAGGGUUGGAUUGAAACACCAUUUGAAGGGGAGAUUCCAACCUUGGCGCUAACUUGCGGCUCAACACUUCCCAUCGCCCCCUGUGACUCGACGGCCCCCCUGAAUGUGGAGACGGGCCAAUACCAGUCAGUAGCGGACAUGAAGCUCGUCCCUGCCGUCCCACUUGAUGCUGGCAGUAGCACCCUCCAGAGCAAAGGUCAAGAGCCUGACGCUACAUACAAUGAGGAUGGUGUGUUUGAAGGGCUGGAGAAAGACUCUGUGGAUACACUGGACUGGUGGAAGGAGAGACAAAAGAGUAAGAUGAAAAGUGAAGCGGAAGCAAGGAAAGAGCUGGUCACAGUGGACGUCACAUCCCAGACAGCAGAAGAAGAAGAGCGGCAACAGAGGAGGCGGGACUCGGAUGGCACACACAAUCUGCAGAUCCAGAGGGAGAGGGAUGUUUUCUGUCCUGAACCCAACACAGUGACAACAUGUACAGACGUCCAUCCAGACAGAGGUUGUGUGUCAGUGUGUUUGUUGCACAGAGACAAAGACGGCCUGAAAGUCGGCGCCGAACCGGAUGACGGUGUCUUUAAAAGGCCCAAAGACCCUCCCUCCUAUGAUGGACACAGGGACAGAGGGGUUCGAGUCUCCUGGUCCUCCACUGAUGAUGCAUCAACACAGGGAGCCCUCAGUCCCACUGAGGGGGCUUUGUCGGUGGGCACACCUGACCCUGUGACCCCUCGGAGCUCCAGACUGUCCUGGAAGUCCAAAACGGAGGACAGAGGAGGAGGAGGAGAGACAGGAGGAGGAGGAGAAGAAGAGGAGAAAAAAGACCAGCUUCCAGAGAAUCCCGUCCCCUCUGCCGUUAUGCGAGCCCCCAUCUGUUCCUUGUCUCUGUUCCGUCGUCACAGCUGGGAGCCGGGCAGGAACAACGCCGCCGCGGAGAUCAACAUUGCACAGCGCAGCUCGUUGAAGAGUCCGUCAGGAGAGGUGAAGAGAGCCAAUUCCCCCCUCCACCGGAGAAGCAUGAGCUGGUGUCCAUCCAACCUGCGCCGCCCCGAUCAGGCGCAAAUAGACAACAGAAGCUACAGCCUGGAGGGUCUGGCGGUGGAGAGGGGAGCGGUCCGGGCUCAGUGCCCCAGCAUCGGCAGUCAGGAGGAGAUUACCGCGGGGAGGAGUUCGCACCUGGACAGCCAGGAGAGAGGCUCGCUGGUUUCCCUCACCGAGGAGCAGCAGGAGGGAGAUGGAAGCAGCAUGGCUAGCCAGACAUCACAUCAGGUACUGUCAGUGACAAACAGCUGUCCCACCAUGUUCCAUCACCAAACCCUCACCAAAUCCAUCUCCAUGGUUACCAUCAGUCACCGCGAUAUAGAUGUGAGUGGAUUUCCUCAAUCAAAGCGACGAAUCCGCUUCUCCCUCAGCAUCUCCCCGCUCCUCCCCAAAAGUAGACGCUUCUUUGCUAUUGGCUCCUCCUCCAGCGACGAGGAGGAGGAGGAGAAGGGAGGGAGGACGAGCGCAUUCUCCAGUAACUCCGGGUCACUGGAAUACAGUAUUUCGGAGGAGGAGCCGGGCCCUCUGCGGAGUGAUACCGAGGCCAAAGGAGGACCUAAAAUCAGCCGGACGUUCAGCUACAUCCGCAGCAAGAUGACCAAGAAAAGCAAGGAGAAGGAGAAGAAAGGAGAGAGGGAGCGAGAGAGUAAAGAGAGAGAUAAGAAGAGUGCAAACGGUCACCUCUUCAUCCCAGUCAGCCCCUCUCCGUCCACAGCCUGUCAGCACUGCACCAAACUCCUGCACAACAAGGAAACUUUCCUCUGCAACAACUGUGGAGCCCAUGUCCACAAGUGCUGCAGAGAGAACCUCUCCAUCUGUAUAAAGAGCAAAACAAAGCAGCAGUCGCUGGUGCCAGAAGCUGUUCCUGGGUCAGCUGUUAACAUGAGGAGUAAAUCUACAUCUUCAGCAUCAUCUGUAUCCUCCACGUCCUCCUCAUCGUCACGGGAACGCUGGUCCACAGCAACCACCCCUGAUGACCAGCUCCCUGUGAUUUUUCCAAGGAGACACCCCAGUCUCUUCAACCCACACAGCAACCUGGCCAAGAGCAUCUCCACCAGCAACAUAGCAGGGUUAGAUGAAGUUUCACUCAAAGGCCUGAAGUUUCUGUCCCAGUCCACUGAUUCUCUCCAUAAGGGGAGCAAGGUCAAUGCCUCGACUGAGUCACUCACCGAUGAAGGUACGGAGAUGAUGGACAGCCAGCUGAUGGGAGAGUUUGAGUGCGACACUAAAGAUCUGGAAGCCGACUCUUGGAGCGGCACAAUGGAUAAGAAGUUCUUGAAAACGUUAAAGAAAGAUGAAAUCAAGAAACAAGACGUCAUCUACGAGUUGUACCAGACAGAGUUCCACCAUGUGAGGACGCUGAAGAUCAUGUCGGAAGUUUACUACAAAGGUCUUCAGAAGGAGCUGCAGCUCGACACUCACACUCUGGACAAGAUUUUCCCUGUUUUGGAUGACAUGUUGGACACGCACACACAUUUCCUCACCCUGCUCCUGGAGAGAAAGAAAGCUUCAUCAACUGAGGGACAAAACAACGACAGCUUCUUCAUCUUCAGCAUCGGGGACGUCCUGCUCAACCAGUUCUCAGGCUGCAGUGCUGAUCGUAUGAAGAAAGCUUACGGGAAAUUCUGCAGUCACCACAACGAAGCCGUCAACCUCUACAAAGACCUGCACGCCAAAGACAAACGCUUCCAGGCUUUCAUCAAGAGAACGAUGAGCAGCAGCAUUGUGCGGAGACUCAGCAUCCCAGAGUGCAUUCUGUUGGUCACUCAGAGGAUCACCAAAUAUCCCGUUCUCCUCCAGAGGAUACUGCAGCACACUAAAGACUCGGAUGAAGACCACGGCUGUGUCUGUGAAGCUCUGCGCUCUGUGAAGGAGCUGAUCAUGGCUGUGGACAGCAAAGUCAACGAGCAGGAGAAGAAACAGAGGCUGAGGGAGGUGUACAGUCGCACUGACAGCAAGUCCAUCAUGAGGAUGAAGAGCGGCCAGAUGUUUGCUAAAGAGGACCUGAUCAGAGGAAGGAGGCUGCUGCACGAUGGAGCGCUGCAGCUGAAGAACUCUGCUGGACGACUCAAAGAUGUCCAGGCCAUGCUCCUAUCGGACGUGUUGAUCUUUCUUCAGGAAAAAGACCAGAAAUAUGUCUUUGCCUCAUUGGAUCAGCGCUCUACGGUCAUCUCUUUACAGAAUCUGAUAGUCAGAGAAGUGGCCAAUGAGGAGCGAGGUCUCUUUCUGAUCACAGCUGGUACAGAGAGACCAGAGAUGGUGGAGGUGUUGGCCAGCAGCAAGGAGGAGCGUAACACGUGGAGGGCUAUCAUACAGGACGCCAUGCACUGCAUGGAGAAAGACGAGGACGAGGGAGUCCCCAGUGAGAUGGAAGAGGACAGGAGGCAGCAGGAGAACAGAGCAAAGGAGAUCCGAGAGCUUCUACGAAGGAAAGACGAGCAGAUCAUCUCUUUAUUGGAGGAGAAAGUCCACAUUUUCAGGGACCUGGGCGACUGUAGUCCCGCCCCUGACGAUACGAAUCCACCAGUCAGGGAGCGGAUGUUGUUCAUGGCCGCGCCCGACAACGUCACAAAGGGGGAGCCGAUCAUGAAGGACGCCCUGAAGGAAGUGGAGACCCUGCACGGUUUAGUCAACAGUGGCGUUGGUGGAGCAGGCUGCAGCGUUCCAGUCGGCCUGACAGGGGGCAGCGUGGGACCGGUGUGUCUGCCCAGGAGAGCGGAGACAUUCGGAGGCUUCGACAGUCAUCAGAUGAACAGCAGCAAGAAUGGAGAGAAGGAAGAGGGGGAGGAAUCACUGGACCUCCGCAGGACUGAGUCAGACAGCGUGUUGAAGAAGGGAGCCACUGCCAGCCUUCAGAUGUUGCUGAAGAGAAACAAUGAGCAGGUGCAGCACAGUAUGACGCAUCUCCACGACCUGCUGAUUACACUCCAGGCCGUGGUGGUCCAGCAGGACUCGUACGUCGAGGACCAGCGGCAGACGCUGAGCGAUCGGCUCACCGCCAAUUCCUCCAGACACUCAUCCUCCUCCUCGCUCUCGUCGUCCUCGUCGUCCCGCCCCUCCUCCCUCAUCGAGCAGGAGAAACACAGGAGUCUGGAGAGACAGCGGCAGGAGGCGGCCACCCUGCAGAAACAGCAGGCCGCACACCAGGAGGAAAAGAGGAGGCGAGAGAAGGCUUGGGAGUUGAAGGAGAAAUGUCUGGCAGAGCGGGAGGAGAGGCUGAGGGUGGACGAGGAGCAGACCAGGAGGAGGCGUCGGGAGGUGACGGAGGAGUGGCAGACACUGCAGAGGAGGAAAGAAGAAUACCAGGUGGAGCUGGAGAGGCUGAGGGAGGCACAGAGGAGGCUGGAGAGAGACAAGGAGGCUCUGAGGAGAGACACCGAGAGACUGGAGGCCAUGAAGAGAGAUGAGUCGGAGCAGCUUCAGCGGUACCAGCGGACUCCCUCCACUACCUCUGAGGACUCCAUAAGGUUCCACAGCUCCGGGUCUCUGGAUCUUGACUCAAAAGAAGCAGCAGAACAGCAAAAAGUGGUGGAGCUCUCAUCCUCUGCCCCGACCAAAGAGCCCUUCCUCCGCAUUGGAUCCAAGAGGAUGGGGAAAAACUUCAAUCCCUUCUCCUCGUCCUCCUCCAAGGCUCAGGGAGUCGAGAAGGAGUCCCAGCUCCCCAACAGACUGCUCCAGCUGGCCAAACCCAAGGAGAAGAAAGACAAGAGGAAGAAGAACGACAAAGGAGAGCAGACACAGACAGAAAGCAAAGCUGCAGUGAUGUCGGAUCCUCAGGACGACGGGGACAUCUUCUUCUGCUGAGGACGGUGACGACUCACAUGUGAACCUCUAACCUGGCCAGUGCAGCAGACAGGACCCCCAAGUGUCCCCCUAACUCUCUAUUUGGAUAUGAAAUGCCCACAUGGGGUCUUUUUCUGCAGACGACCUGGCCUCUGGACACUGUCCCUACCUAAGGGAUGACAGUCCAACUAACCUGCAUGCGUCCCAGGCAAAAAAAGUAACUCUGACCUACUCACUGAGUCUCCAGAUGAAGUCAUGUUGAGCUGGUGAUUCAAUCAGGGGGACUUUUAUUCGACAAAUAUGCCAAGAAUCCCCCCCCUUCCCACAACCUUCCAUCAGUAAGAGAUGCCAAGGAGGAUCAAACGAGAGGAAACGGUAUUCUUUAAUUCUCCCAGCUGUCGGGAGAACACUCAAAUCUCCUCGAGACUUCAAACUGUAGCUUUAACACAAACCAACGAGUACCAUUUCUUUCAACUAACUUCACUUUUUGUGCUUUGUGGUGCCGGUGACUCCUCCGGGAGUAGUUUACACAGUCCUGAGUCCCAAGCUGAGCUUUUAAUCCAACGUGUGACGCGUCUGUCCGCACGUUUGCCUCAACUCUGGCUUCGUCCGUCAAGGGAGUAACAGACCGCCGCACCACGUGGUGUCAGCAGAUAGCAACCUCCGAACGAGGUCACCGUGUGCAGAACAAAGGCCGCAGGCUUCCAGACGCAAUCGAUCGAAUACAUGUCGGCCACCAGAGAGAGACGGAUGAGUCCGUGGAGACACAAGAGUGGGAAUGAUCACCAAAGACUUUUAGUGCCUUAAGUCUCCGAUAUAGUCUCUGUCUGAUGGAUGCAACCACAGUGCAACGAAUGCUCAAAGCAGGUGUUUCAUAAUGUCGUCGGAAAAUCACUGCCAAUCUCUAGAGAAUUUAUCAUUCAACAAAUCAUCUUUAAUCACCUUUUUCGGUGUGACAAUCACAGCAGUGCAACUGUAACUGCAGCUCAACAGGAUGAGGAAUACAGAGAUUUUCAACAUGCACUUUAUAUACACGCACACGAGAGAGUGAUGCUUGAUUUUAAGGGUCUGUCAUUUCCCCUUUAAUAAUUGAAUCAUGAUUAGUCUCAGUAAUUGGUACUAAACGGGGAAAUGGGAACGUCCCUAAUAGCUUAGCUCCAUUUAAAUCCAAGUAAAUCUGCCUUUCAUUACUGCAAACUUUAUUUUCAGUAUAUGUUCAAUUGUAUUGUGAAAGUACAGUUUUGCACGUCCCUAUAGUUUGACACCGUUCUUUGUGGUAAAUUACUAGGCAACCAUUUGGAAAUGACCGAAUUAUAAAAGAAAGCAUCGCCCCAUGAGAGCAGCAGUACAGAAUAUUUCGACUUGUCCUGGAUUUAUAUUGAGAUGACGUGAUCAUAUCAUGUUAAUGCCUUUGUGAACUUCUUCGGUCAAAAUGAACGACUCUCUGCGAGUUAAGAAACGGAACAAAACGAAUUUGCUGUUUAUGUUUUACACAUUUAAAGGGCUUCACUCGUCGAAUGUCACUAUGACUGAGCUCGCUAGUUCACUCUCGACUUUGGAAACAAUCCUCCCUCAAGAUCCAUUUAGCAGCUCUCCCGGAGCUUUCGACCACAUCAAGCGGUCUUCAUCAGCAGAUUGAAUUUGCCACGAUUCUGAGCACCUCUAACAUCCAUGUUGAUGUAGAUCAAUUUUGAUUAUUUUACAAGUAAUGUUGUAUACAUUUGCCCCUAUGUCAUAAUUGUUGAUAUGCGAAAGAAAAAUAAUAUCGCCCAGCCAAACUUUGUAGAAAGUCUUCAAAGAAAGACAAUCAUUGAGUUUACAUUCAAAUUUGUAAAUAAGUCAUGUAAGAAAAAUGAAUCCUAAAGGGCUAACUGUCACCUAAAUCAGUACCAAUCAUUAUAGAGCAAUCAUCAAUACUGUACAUUGUCAAAUAGUGGCUGGAGACUUUAUUUAGCUCAGUGUAACAGAGAAUGAGAGACGGGCCUUUUAUUUCUAACCUCCCCUGGUCCUUUUAAGCACAUCGGAUCUGAGUGUUUUAGUAGGACACUACUUGUUUUCUGAUUCCACUUCCAUUUGUCAUGUUAGUUUGUUGCCGUUCAAGACUUCUUCUGUCUGUUAGGUCUUUUAUUUAGAAACAAAUUUAAAUCAAUGGAAGCGAAUUCUGCCGAGAAGAGUAUUGCUGCGCUCAGAUUACGGAGGGUGACUCUGUCGACCGAUGGAAAUACACAUUACGUCCACGUUACCUUUAACGUCUAGUAUAUUUACUGGACUUUUUCAAUUGUUUUUUUUGCCGUUAUUUCACAUCCAGCCAUUAUUUGAGAAUUUACAGUACAAACCAGGUUUAAUCCAGAGCCAGAAUUUUAUUAUUUGGACAAACAACCCUGAAUUAAUUGAAUUGAACUGAAACUGAAGUGUGAAUUGAACUCGGGAUAAACAGCGGGGCCUUUUUUUUUUUUUUUUUUUUUUACUCAAAACAUAUUUUUUUAUUUUAUUGUAAAGACAAUUAAUAUGUCCUUUGGAUCAAGAGUGAAACGAGGAUAACCAUUUAAAAAUAGUUUCUCUCAAAAGAAUUUUACAGAUAUUUUAAAUCUACUUGUAAUCCCUUUGAGUGUCUGCAUUGCAUUGCAGAUGUCCCCGUCAUUUUAAAUGCAUCUGAAAGGGACAAAUGCAUCCAAAGCUCGGUAUCCGUUAAUACCUAACCCCUUCUUCAAAACCCUUCCACCUUAAUCUGAAUAUUGCGUAUGUUUUCCCGCGCUCGUUAUCCACCACGUCCCUGCCGGCAUUGAUAGCGCGCCAGCAUACGGCGGAUGCCCCCGAAGCUUGUGUUCAUCACCUUUCCAUAAUAAUAAUAACUCCCGGCUUUAGAAUUCCACCGCAUUGAUUCUUUCCUUGUGUUCUCUGCUGAGAAGCGCUUUAACGGCGGGGUGGGGGUCCCGCGAUUAAUAUUUCAGCCCUCGGUGUCGUUUCCCGCCGCGCUGCUGAGAGGAGCCGAUUUCUAGCUGAAACUCUUCAUUUCUUAAUGCACUUGCAGCUCUCUUACGCUCCUCUCACUGUUGUGUGUGGUCACCAGCGGUGGUUGGUCUUCCUUUCAGUCUUCCGAUUCAAGGGCAAAGAAAACACACUCGGGUUCCUUUGGAGACUCGAGAACAAAACACUGUUUUUUUUUUCACACCGAUUCACAUCAAAAACCAGUUCCUUCAACAGUAAUAUAUUUAAAAAUGACCCCAGUACCACACGGCCUUAAUUGGAUUCAAAUGAGUGACCUGUUAUGUGCAUUAGUGCCUUAAAGUUUUUUUGUGCUUCAGUAUACAGAUCUGCUCUGUAAAUACGAUGCCCUAUGUGCAACUAAUCGUUCUCCGUCUACAACGGAUAUUUAAUUCAACACUGUGUUGCUUUAAAGCUAGAACCGUCACUGGGACAGGAACCUCAGACUUUGAACUACUACUUCAGCUCUCUAACCUCUCCUCCUCCUGCUUUGGCUCGCUAAACUAGCUUUCAAACUUUACCACUGACGUCAGUUUGAAGACUAGAGAGCUAGUUAGCUAGCCAGCUGUGGUGCAGUUUUAAAAAAAAAACCUACCCACGAGCAUAAACACGGGUCAGUUUACAUGUUAAGUCAUGUAGCCGUUAUCCUUUAACACCACCGCUAACAGAACACUGUUUGUCCUUAGCUUUUAAGCUACAUUUAGCAGCACCAGCCUCUUUACAUGGUGUGUUGGCUAGAAGCAGCAUUUUGUAUGGAUUUUGUUUUUCCUUCCCUUUUCAGUAAUACAAAUAUCAGCAAUACAUGUAAAAAUUGCUUUAAUAUAUAUAUAUAUAUAUAUAUAUUAAUUAAUUGGCUAAUUGGGAUUCCAGUCAGACUGAAUUACAAAGCUAGCCUUGAGUAGAUGAACUGUUGUAAAAUGGAUCCAAAAAAAACAAAACUGCCAAAUUUAAAGAUAAUUUUCUAAGAUCGCAAACCUUUUUAAUUUAUUACUUUUGUUGUGUUUAAUGUUUGAUCGUGAUGUGCCGCAAGUAUUUUUAAAAUUAUGUAUCUGACUAUUAAAGUAGUAUUUUGAAAAUCCCACUGAUACACAGUAUUUGGUGUAAUGCUGCACUAUAAAUUCAGCUGCCUCAGCUGUCUGAAACUUUAGAAAGAUUAACAAGCACAUAGUCCAAAUCUAUUCGCCUUCUCAAAAACCACAAGGUGUCCUUUCUUUCAUUUGUCUUUAUUCCAACACUGUUCUGCAUUUCAAUCUAAAGGGAACAGAGGAUUCGAGUGAUGUUUUCUUAGUAAGAGUACAUCACAGCAACACGUUCACAUGGUGGCAGCCAGAGUCCUGCUGUAAAGAGGGAGAUUCAUUUAAAUACUAAUUUACACUUAUCAUCCAGCCCCCUCUCUGGUCCAGAUAAUCCCCCAGAGUGACGUCCUUCAGUGGGUUUCACUUUCCUGAGUUUAGGGCUGUUCUCCAUUGUUUUCCCAUUGUACAGUUCAACACCCAAUCUGCAGUUUUUGGAUGCCUGAAACAUAAGCUAAAAUCACAGAAACGAUGUACGAUCAUGAGUUUAGUGGUGGUCUGAGGCUCCGCUCUCUCCUCCUCCACAUUACCAUUCAGCGUGCACUAGAAUUUUACUAAAACCAUUCACAAGGAAUUUUACGCACUCACAUUAAACCUUACAGUUUUUGCACUGUGAGCUUUUUGAAAUGUAUUUGUACUAAAAACAAAAAGGUACAAUGUUUAUUUUUCUUGUUUUAUGUACAAAGAAAAAAGGGCAAAGCAACAAAUUUUGUAAAUAUGUUUUAUGUACAAAUUUGAACUUCCAAAGUACUGAUAACUGGAUUUUGUUUAGUUUGAUGAUUUUUUUUAUUAUAAAUAAAGCUUUAUUUAUCUCUCUUCUUCCUGUUUUUUAAAUGUACAGUAAUUCUCUUUAAAUAAAUGAGUAUGGUGUUUGUCAUGCGA